GUCUGGAAGAUUUCAGCGGACAAUGACAAUUUCGGCUUGGAGUUGGACCUCACUAAUCCGCUGCUGCCUAUCGUGGUGCGAGUGGUGCCAGACAGCCAAGCGGUGAGGUGGAACUUCCGCGCAGCACCUUGCAAGCAACUGCUUCCUGGGCUGGGCCUCUACAAAGUGAACCAGGUGCAUCAGGAUUCCCAGAAAAUCCACAAAGAGCUCCUGCAGAGCAAAGGCAGCAUCACGCUAGGCUUCAAAUGGCCAUCGAUGCAAAAUGUGACGCUGCCGCGCCCUCCGGGACUUCCCCUUGGCCUGCAGAUGGUGCUUCCAGAACAUGAGGCCGCCGGUCUCUACCUGGAUCGCGCGGAGGGCCUCAGCGCAUCCGCUGGCUUGAGGGCCGGUAUGCAUGUUCGAGCUGUGGAUGGCCGGCGUGAUAGUCCGGAAAGGAUGAAGCAGGAGAUUGAAGAUGCAUCGGCAAUGCUGACGCUCCGCGUGGCAUCUUAUGUAUAG